UGGAGUAUUCAAUAAUAUUAAUGUUAAUUUUAAUUUUAAAUGAAUAUGCAUCGGGAGAUAUUAUUUUAAAUGGAAAAUAUUAUGAAGAACCGAUACGUUUCAAAUAUAAACCUAUCUAUGGACUUGACAGUCGUUAUAGAUGUCCGAAAUUGAUUCAUUCGAAUUUUGAAGAAUGUGAAAUGAAAGCUAAAAAAGAAUGGGAAAUAAUGAUCGAUGAUUAUUUUUACAAAACAAAAAAAUUCUGUUGCUUCAUAUGGUCGGCUCUUGAUUGCGAAACAGAAGUGGCCAAUAAAUGUAAUCAAAAUUUUAGUCAAUCAGCUAAAAAAAAUACUAUUGAUUGUUUUCGAGAUGGUUGUAAUGAAUUUUCUUAUGGUAGUUGGUCAUGUUGGUGGACACCGAAUAAAAUAAAUAUCACAUUAACGACAGUUAUAGCUAUUCUUAUUGCUCUAGGUAUUAUAGUAAGUUGUUUUCUUGCUUUUAAACCACCUCGGCAAAAUGAUAUGGCCGAUACACUUGCUAAAGAUGGUACUAAACUUAAUCAUAUUUCUUAUCAUACUAGUAUGUAA